AGCGCCGCCAUUCCUGUCGUCAAACUCUCAAACUCUGUCGUCAAAGCGUGGGAUUCGCGAGUGUGUUCUGGGAGGCUGCGUCUAAAACUGUCAAAAACGUGGGAUCCUGCCCCUUGGCACACCAUGGCGACCAGCUGGGCGCUGCUCCUUCUGGGGCUGCCCCAUGCGCAUGCUGGGGGACCCGUCGGCCUAGCUCUCGAUACCACCUGCACAAAUGCGGAAUGCUACAAGCAAAGGAACGAGACCCUGCUCAAACAGGCCUUGCUCGCCAAUUAUGACAUGACGGUACAACCGCCGAGCUUUGGUUCGGAGCGCGGAGCGCUCGUCUCGGUGCAGUUGGCACUGCAACAAUUCCAAAAGCUCGACACCACUAACCAGGAGAUCCAAUUCUUCUCCUGGUGGCGGCACUCGUGGACGGAUCUUCGAUUAGCGUGGGACCCUGCGGACUGGGGCGGCAUCACGGAACUCACGUUCUUCGGUACCGCCGCGGCGUAGAACUAACUUCGCGUCUGCUCGUCGGCGUGAAAAAACUGAUCCACGCAGGCAACGACGAGCACAAGCAGAUCUGGAUCCCAGACACCAUCAUCUACGAUGCUGUGGAAAGCGUAUUUCAGGUGCCUGGGGGCGUCCAGCCGAACGUCUACUCGAGCGGCUAUGUCGCCCGGUCCGUGCCCGUCGAAUCGAGAUUACCCUGCCCCAUGAAGCCUCGGACGUUCCCCUUCGAUCAGCAGGAAUGUACGUUCGAAUUCGGCAGCUGGAGUAUGCACGGCUUACAGGUCGACAUCAAGCCUAGAGGGGGAGACGAACCCAUACCCUUCAAAUUCGCUGAGUCGUACCAGCCGAAUCCUGAGUUCGAUUUAGUGGAGGUACGGACCGCGGCUGUUGAUGGCUUUUACGAUUGCUGUCCUGAGCCCUACCCGAUAAUAAAGUACAAGUUUCGAAUGCGGCGCCACAGCGAAACAUACAAUUACGGCCUCGUCGUGCCGAUGAUACUGACCACGUUGGCGGGAUUCCUGGCAUUCGUUGCGAACCCCCAGUCUGGGGAGCGGAUCUCGCUCGGUGCGACCCGGCGUCCUUGAAAUUAAAAUUGCUGACGUCUCGCGGGGAUGGCGUCACCCGCCGACGUCACGCAGGUAUCACGUGUCUGCUCACGAGCGCCGCGAUCUAUAUUGUCGCGUUCGAGGUGCUGCCAAAGACGGGUAAUAUGACCAUCAUCUCCAUGCUCCACGUCAUCUCGUUUUCGUUCUCCUGGGCUACACUCGCCGUCUCCGUGCUGUCGGUGUCGCUCUACGGCGUGAAGACCUCGACUGGCGUGAUGAGCGAGCAUGAGCUGGUGAGCGCCUUCGUCAAGGCGGACCACGACCACAGCGGCGUGCUCGAUAAGAAAGAGGUCGAAGAGGCGGUCAAAAAGUUGGGACUGCCUUCGGCCAAGUUUUUCAAGCUCCGAAAGAAAUUGGAAUCGCUUCACGGGCAGAGCAUAACGCUGCCAGUCUGGUAUGAUUUGGUGGGAGACAUCUAUCAGACGGACGGUCUCGCGGCCUAUCACUCGCCAAUUAUUGGACUCAUGCUCGCGCCCUUUGUGAAGCUCGAGAGAAAACGCCGGAAGGACUUCGUCCUGCGGCGCGUCCAAGCGGCCAUCGAUAGGAAAGAUGUGAGUAGCGACGCUGAGACGCUCAUGCUAAGCAGUCCCGGUCUGAGGCGCCGCGUUGUUCCUGCGGACCCUGGCACCGAAGCCGGCGGCGACGACGAGGAGGCCCAGGAGGCCCCGAGCGGCGGCGGUGCGAGUCUCGGCGCCAACGUGCGCCUGGAGGACUUGGUAACGGAGCACGAGCUGAGCGACUCGUCCGAGAUUGUUGCCCGUCGAGUCGCGGGUUACCUCGACCUCGGCGCGAUGAUCGCUCUGCCGCUGUGCUACAUGAUAGUCGUCAUCGUUUACUUCGACCGCUUCGGCGCGAUGAUGGCGGAGGAGGAGUUCGAAAACACGAAGGUCGUCCACGUGGCGCCGGAGGACUUCUGAUACAUACUAUUACCCCCUGUUCAUAAGCAAUACUCUUACUCGAUGGGAGAAGGGAAUAGAGGGA